UCCGGCAGAAUCAGCGUGCUGCUGGAGGUCAGCCGUGAGACGAGGCUAGCUUGGUAGUUUUCAACGAGAAUCCUGUGUUAUUACUCUCUAAACUCACUUUGGUUUGAGCGUAAACAUUGACAGGACAACCACUAGCGGUGUCAGUCAGUUGAGCAUCUCGUAGCUGAUCCGUUUAGUCUUAAAACCUUGAGUAUUUGCGACAUCGCUAGCCACCGUUAGCCACCGCGGUUCGGCUAACAGCUCCUCACCGGCUCCAGAUCUCCAGGUGACCCCUCGGACAAUCAGCAGCCAUGGACAACAACUCUCAAGGAUCAGGGGGGAUGAAAGGAGGUCUCGGGGGUCUCUUUGGAGGAGGUGCACCUGAAUACUCCAACACAGAGCUCGCCGGUGUUCCCUUGACUGGAAUGAGUCCUCUGUCCCCUUAUCUCAACGUUGACCCUCGUUACCUGGUCCAGGACACAGAUGAGUUCAUUUUACCCACAGGCGCAAAUAAAACAAGAGGGAGGUUUGAGUUGGCUUUCUUUACCAUCGGAGGAUCCUGCAUUACUGGAGCUGCAUUUGGAGCUCUAAAUGGUCUCAGAAUGAGCCUGAAGGAGACUCGAGGCAUGGGAUGGACCAAACCUCGUAACGUACAAAUUAUCAACAUGGUGACCAGGCAGGGUGCUUCAUGGGCCAACACUCUGGGGUCUGUUGCUUUGUUAUAUAGUGUGUUCGGCGUGGCGAUAGAGAAGGCCAGAGGAGCAGAAGACGACAUCAACACAGUGGCUGCUGGGACGUUAACUGGGAUGCUCUUUAAAUCAGGCAGUGGUCUGAAGGGUGCAGCCCGAGGAGGUCUGGCUGGUUUGGCCUUGUCCAGUGCCUACGCUCUCUACAACAACUGGGACCACCUCACCGGCUCCUCGUCAUCCUCCAGGCUGUACUGAACUCUCUCCCACACACACACACACACACACACACAUCUGCUUCUUCUACUACAUUCGGGCCAAAUAUCUCCCUGGGACACACAGCCUUUAACCACAGCGCUAAGAGGAAUUAGACUCUGGUCAAAUGCAGUGUGCUCUUCAGGGACGUGUGGGUUGGUCCCAGUUUCCUCUCCAGUCUGGGGAAUUAAAAAAUGUGUUUGAAGAAGAAGAUUGGACUAAAUUCCUUUGGGAAUCCAGACGUAGACCGUCCUACAACACCACUGUCUUCUGGUGUCCUCGGAGGUGUUCCUGUCACUGAUCUGAUCAGUCACGAGAACCCUGAGAUUGUUUUAUCUGUUCUGUCAUUGUCUAUGGGGAGACUUAAGUCUUCUUUGAUGCUAGUUUUGAAAUCAAGUUCGGAACCCAUGAUGUUUGGGUUAAACGAGCAAAUCCGUAAGAUGACAUCUGGUGUGUGCUGUUCACCAGAUGAACUGUACUGAUUCUGGACUGGAAGAAUCUUCUGCAGCAGAAGAGCAAAGAGAUUUUCAUCUACAAACACAGAACUAAGCCUUGUGGUCAGUUCUACUCUUGUAUUUAUUGAAACGUGUCUGUAAAAAAGCUGUUUGUGUCUCCAUCAAACCAGAUGUAUCAAAAACUCUAUUAAAACAAUGGGAAACGA